AUGUCAUCUGUUAAAACGUCGAUAUCAACUUCAAAUAACACAAUUAGCGCAACGGCCAAACUAUGGGAGCCAAAGGACCAUAUCCCAAAUUCAGUAAAGGAGUUCCUAGAUCUGACGCAGCCAAAUUAUUUACUAGGACUUCUCAACGUCAUACAACAGUUAAAAAUUCAAAAGAGAACCGGCUGGCUAGACUACGGCAUGUCAGUUGCUGAAAGUGAAAGUAUCUCUGAUCAUAUGUACCGUAUGUCAAUUAUAUCAAUGUUAAUCUCCAAUCCUAACGUAAAUCGUGAUAAGUGCAUGAGAAUUGCUCUAGUACAUGAUAUGGCAGAGGCCAUUGUUGGGGAUAUAACACCUGUUGAUGCCAUUGGUAAGGAGGAGAAGCAUAGAAGAGAAUGGGAAACGAUGAAAUAUGUAUGUAAUGAAUUAAUCAAACCUGUAAGCGAGAUUGCUGCAAGGGAAAUCAUGGAGGCAUGGUUAGACUACGAAAGGAUCGAGUCGUUAGAAGCCAGAUACGUUAAAGACAUAGAUAAAUAUGAAUUAUUGGUUCAAUGUUUCGAAUAUGAAAAGAAACACAAUGGGAAAUUGAACUUUCAAGAUUUUUUCAGCACCGUUGAGAACAUCAAAACUGAUGAAGUUAUCAAAUGGACCAAGGAAUUGAUUAGUUUACGUGAAAAAUUCUUUGCAUCUCUGUAUAAAUAA